CCGCUUCCUUCGCGACCGUCGUUGGGGGAGCGGGAUGCUUCGGCCGCCCGGCCGCUUCCGGUUUGUCCGUGAACGCGUUUCCAGCCCAGCGGCCAGAGGAUGUGUCCUCAGUCGGACGGACCAGAAGGAUGUCUCUGUGCCUGAGGUUCACUUAACCAGGGAGCUUCAGGAUGGUUCAUGCUAAGAGCUGGACCCUGAAGAAGCACUUUGAAGGCUACCCUACUAAUAGUAACUUUGAAUUGAAGACAGUCGAACUCCCACCCUUAAAAAAUGGAGAGGUCCUGCUGGAAGCUUUGUUCUUCACCGUGGAUCCUUACAUGAGAAUUAUGGCAAAAAGUUUGAAGGAGGGUGAUGCAAUGAUGGGAGAGCAAGUGGCCAGGGUUGUGGAAAGUAAAAAUUCAGCCUUCCCAAUGGGAACUAUCGUAGUGGCUCCUUUGGGCUGGACAACUCACUCCAUUUCUGAUGGGGAAAACCUGGAAAAGCUGCUUGCAGAGUGGCCGGACACAUUACCACUGUCUUUGGCUCUGGGAACAAUCGGCAUGCCCGGCCUAACAGCCUAUUUUGGCCUGCUUGAAAUCUGUGGUGUGAAGGGUGGAGAAACAGUGCUGGUUAACGCGGCAGCAGGAGCAGUGGGCUCUGUUGUGGGGCAGAUUGCUAAGCUCAAGGGCUGCAAAGUUGUUGGAUCAGCAGGGUCUGAAGAAAAGGUUGCCCACCUUCAAAAGUAUGGAUUUGAUGUUGCCUUUAACUACAAAACAGUAGAGUCUUUGGAAGAAGUGUUGCGGAAAGCCUCUCCUGAGGGUUAUGAUUGUUAUUUUGAUAAUGUGGGUGGAGAGUUUUCCAAUGUUGUCAUCCCCCAGAUGAAGAAAUUUGGAAGAAUUGCUAUAUGUGGGGCCAUCUCUACAUAUAAUAGAACCGGCCCACCUCCCCCAGGCCCACCUGCGGAGCCCAUCAUCUUUAAAGAGCUCUGCUUACAAGGCUUCGUCGUCUACAGAUGGAAAGGAGAAGUCCGCCAGAAGGCUCUGAAAGACUUGCUGACCUGGGUCUCAGAGGGCAAAAUUCAUUACCAUGAACACAUCACCGAAGGAUUUGAAAACAUGCCAGCUGCAUUUAUAGGAAUGCUGAAAGGAGAGAAUCUGGGGAAAGCAAUAGUGAAAGCAUGAACAAAAAUGACAUGGAGUUUAGAAGUCAUUUGCAUGAUUACUUAGUUUCUUUUUAAUCACUUAGUAAAAUUUAUACUAACUUCAUGAAAGCAUGAACAAAAAUGACACAUGGAAUCUAGAAAUCAUUUGGAUGAUUACUUAGUUUCUUUUUAAUCAUUUAGUAAAAUGUGUACUGUCUUCAUGAUCUAAAAAACAGUAAUUGUAGUGUGUUUGAUCUACCUAAUAAAAUACAUUUAAGUG